UUGUGACGAUGAAGAUGUGUUCGGAGCCCCAGGCCCUGCAGAGGUGUGAAAAUGGAGUCCUGACCUCAGGUGGUUCUUCCACCUCGUAAUCCUCACCCUGUUCACUGUCGACUUUUUCGGGUGGUGUUGAGGUGAGAGACGCGGAGGCUGUGAUUAGCGGGCUGAGCCCGUGAGUGGACCUAUGGCAGAGAGAGCGCUCAGUGCAGGUUCCUAUGUAUGACUUUACCAUGGACCACAUUAUCUGCUGCCUGCUGGUCCUGGGAGCCACAGUGAUGAUCACCCAUGCAUGCCCCAAGUACUGUGCAUGCCAGAACCUCUCCGAAUCCCUUGGGACAUUGUGUCCCUCCAAAGGCCUUCUUUUCGUGCCUCUGGACAUUGACCGCAGCACGGUUGAGCUCCGUCUAGGAGGCAACUACAUCCUCCGCAUUACGCAACAGGACUUUGCCAACAUGACCGACCUGGUUGACCUGACCCUCUCCAGAAACACAAUCAGCUACAUUCAGCCCUUCUCUUUUGGCGACUUGGAAACACUGCGCUCGCUUCAUCUGGACAACAACCGCUUGAUGGAGCUAGGCCCCGAUGACUUGCGAGGCUUGGUCAAUCUGCAGCACCUCAUCAUGAACAACAACCAAUUUGGCCGCAUUCAUGACAAGGCCUUUGAGGACCUGGCACCUUCCUUGGAGGAUCUGGAUCUCUCCUACAACAACCUGGUGUCUCUGCCCUGGGACUCAGUCCGCCAGAUGAUUAACCUGCACCAGCUUAGUCUGGACCACAACCUGUUGGACUUCAUUCCAGAGGGCACUUUCACUGACCUGGAAAGGCUGGCGAGACUGGACUUGACCUCAAAUCGCUUGCAGAAGCUACCCCCAGACCCUAUCUUUGCCCGUGCCCAGGACUCAAUGAUCCUGACUACACCCUAUGCUCCCCAGCUGUCCCUAAGUCUAGGUGGGAAUCCACUGCACUGCAACUGUGAGAUGCUGUGGCUGCGGAGGCUUGAGAGAGAUGACGACCUGGAGACUUGUGCCUCCCCUCCUGGCCUUAAGGGUCGCUACUUUUGGAACGUGAAGGAAGAGGAGUUUUUGUGUCAUCCACCUCUUAUUACCCAGCACACACACAGAAUGCUGGUCCUGGAGGGCCAGACAGCCAGCCUAAGGUGCGAAGCAACUGGAGACCCUUCUCCUGCCAUCCACUGGAUCUCCCCUGAUGAUCGGCUGCUUGGCAACACCUCCCGGACUGCUGUGUUCAGCAACGGAACCCUAAGCAUCACCAUCACCACCUCCAAGGACUAUGGCACCUUCACCUGCAUUGCCGCUAACGUGGCUGGGGAGUCCACCGCCUCCGUGGAUGUGUCUAUCGUUCAGCUCCCCCAUCUAAGUAAUGGCACUGGGCAACCAGCACCACCAAAGUCCCGCCUCUCUGAUAUCACAGGGACCACCAGGAUCAGCAAAGGGGCUCCCAAGAGCCAACCAGAGAGGACAGUGUCCGCCACCGAGGUGACAGCUGUUUCAGCACUGGUCAAGUGGACGGUGAGCAAAUCAGCUCCCAAAGUGAAGAUGUUCCAGCUCCAGUACAACUGCUCUGAUGAUGAAGUUCUAAUCUACAGGAUGAUCCCCGCCUCAAGCAAAGCUUUCUUGGUGACCAAUCUGGUGUCGGGGACCCGCUAUGAUUUGUGUGUGCUGGCCGCCUGGGAUGACACCGCCACCACGCUCACGGCAACCAACGUUGUGGGCUGCACCAAUUUCUUCACCCAGGACGACUACCAGCAGUGCCAGUCUCUACCCAGCCAGCUGCUGGGGGGCACCAUGAUCCUGGUGGUGGGGGGCAUCAUUGUAGCCACCCUGCUCGUGUUCAUCGUCAUCCUUAUGCUGCGCUACAAAGCUGCAGACACUGAACCCCCAGUGGGAAAACUGACCAAUGUCAGUGACACACACUCUCAGACCAAUGGGGGUCAUAUGCUCCAGUGUCGGCUUCAGCCUGAGCCAAACGUUAAGGCCAAAGUGACUCUGCAGGACGAGGUGGUGCAGUUCAAGUGUGGCUCCCUUCAGAGCAGCCUCACUUCCUCUUCCUCAUCCUCAGGCUCCAUGGCGGGGGGCUCGUAUAGCCCCAACAGCACACUUGCCAACAUUUUGAGAUCAGCUCCCUCCAAGCCCCGGACCAACCUGGACCACCUGCUCGGGGCCUUUACCUCCCUGGAGUUGCGGGCGGUACAGGGACGCGACCCAGGAGCCUCUAGUAGUGCUGCCGUAACAGCAGUGAAACCCGACACAGACAGGGAGCCGCUGCUGGGCCGGACGCUGGACUCUAGCCUCAGCCGGCUCCUCAUGCUACCUGUGGACUCCAAGCCAAAAAGGAGCCAGUCCUUCGACAUGGGAGACAUAACAGCCACCACGGCCGCUCAGGUGUGCAACAAACCACGCAGGAUCAGCAGUAUCUGGACUAAGAGGAGCAUGUCUGUUAAUGGCAUGCUGCUGCAGUGUGAGGAGGAGGGGGACACGGGAGGGACCGGGGGGGGGAAAGACAACGCUGACUGGGUGAUGGAGAGUACUGUCUAGGAAAGAUGAAGGGCUGUCACACUGUCAACCACCGCCCCAAAGGGACGGCCAACAGCCAUGCCAAGACAGAGCCUUUGUCCUGCAUGACGCACACUCAUAUUCAUCCUUUCCACUCUAUCACUCAGACUCAAGUGGGACAGAACAAGAGGGGCUUCCACACGCAUAGCUUAUAAAAUUGGAAUAAGACCUUUGGAUUGUUUUGCCUCCCACUUUGUACAGAGAUAGAUUCAAAUGGCUGGUCGGCCAUUGAGAGCCGAAGGGAAAUGACAGAACAGUGUCGUCUGUUAUAUGAAUAUGGGAUCACCAUGGACUGCUAUUAUACUCUAUACAUUUAAAGUAUGUCAUGAAAUUAAAGUUUUUAUAUUUUUUAUUUUGCUGGUCAAACACAAAUGAUCCAUUGCUGGUCUCUGCCUUAACACAAGAGCAAGGCAGGACCAGUGGUUACACUAUAAUUCUUCUACUGUAAAUUCAAGCUCUCUGACUGAAUGGUGACGUAUAUAUAUUCAUAGAUGUGAUGCUUUGAUUCAUGAAGACUUAAGAGAAAAGAUUUAUUGAGCUGUAUGUGAAUACAUCUACUUUCUAUACAGAGUAUAUAUCUGAGGGUUCACUCAAUAAUUCUGUUUGCUUAUUAUAUCACAUGUUAUGUGACUGAUUAUAAACUCAUCGUCUCCUAAACUUUGGCUACAAUGUAUGCAAAAACUCAGUUAAUUGUUUCAAAAAAUGCCAAAUUA